GUGUUGUUAGGAAAAACCGUAAAAGCACCUAGAAAAAGGUGCGACCAGUGGCUCAAACUACCAGCAAACACAAGUUCUCGACACGUGCUACAAGAAAACGGUGGACUAUUAAUGUGAUCAGUGAAAAGUAUUUUUCUCGCUCUGGACAAAUUCGCGUACCAAUUAUAGUGUAGUAAAAACAGUGAACAAUCAUUACCCAGCGUUCAGGCAGCAUAAUAUUCUGGCUGUUAUUCUGAUGUGACGUGUGUGGCCGCCACCAACGUGGGUGUGUUUGUAAAUGCUCAAUGUUCUCUGCCCGUAGUUCGGUGGGCGUCGAUGUGUAAUUUCCAUUGCAAUUGCAUCAGUGCAACAAUAACACCUUCAAACGCCGGUACUCCAGUUGUUUACGUACGAAUUUGGAAACUAAAGGAUACGAACGACCAAUGCAACGUCCUUUGUAACCGAGGCAACACAUGCAAACAAAUUUUGUCCCGAUUGAAGACGACGAACAAACACCGCUUGUACAUGUGUGUUUAUAGGCUGCAAACACAAAAUAACACAAUAAUUCCUCAGUGAGGUUUAAACUAUGGACCAUGAGAAUGGAUGUGAAGUCACUUUUACUUCAACUGAUAAAAUUACGUCAACAGAAUACAGUAUACAGUCCGGUUGCAAAACAAAGCCGGCGGUCGACCCUCACGUUCGUCUAUCAACCCCAAUCGAUACGGAAGUUGCAGCAAUGGAGGAAGAUAAGAAAUCAUCGCAUGCAGGACAAAAUCCAGAAGAAAAUACCGCAGACGACAGUGCCGCUUCGGCGGUUCCACCGACUUCAGAAGCAAAUACCGAUCCCAAAAUGGAGAAACCCUUCGAGAAAUGUCAACAGAAGGUGGCAGAAACGGCAGAAGAGAAGGCGGCGUUUUAUGUACAGAAACAAUUGGAAUCUCUUGCAGACGAAACAGGUGACAUUAGCGGAGAAGUUGAAGGUGGAGCUCUCAAUGGCAUUGGAGCGGACGGAUGUGAAGUGGACGAAAGUGUGGUAUCAAACGUCGCGAAGGAAAUGGAACAACCGACUUUGUCAGCCCGAUGUGAUGAACAUUCGGAAAAAGAAUCCAGUGGAAAGGAAACCAGUGUUUUGCAGAAUACGGACGAUUCGCAAUUGGAUCCAUCCGGGAAAUCAUCCUCCAAUAAAAAUGAAACUUAUUUCCCGGAACCCGCAGUUCCGGUUUCCAAUGAGAUAAACCUUGUUAAAGACAGUGAAUCUUUGGAGGAUCAUACAGAUACCGGUGGUUUUCUCAUGGUGCAUGAAAAGGAACAAUCGGCUAUGCAUUCUACAAUGCAGAACCAGCACGAAAUCGUUAGCUGCAUACCAGGCAACGUGUCUGUGAAAGAAGAAUGUAGCAACUCGGAAGAUUUGUGUUCGAGUGCGGUGAACUCAACGUUAACAAAUCUUACUCAUGCAACGAAAAAUAGCGAAGAAAAUAUUGAAAGUGUAAAUAUGAAUCCUGUAAAAACGUCUGAAGCUUCUGAAGCACAAGAUACACGUAUCGUAGCCGUCAAAUCUGCGGGCAUUAGCAUAGAUUCUAACGAAACAAUAAAAUCGGAGCCUAUAAUUAUUAGAAAAUCGCUUUCCGAUCCAGAAUAUAAGCACAGUAGUCCUGUCAGUGUCACUAACGAUAGCGGUAACCAUAGCCACAUCAAGCCAGCGAUAGAAAGAGAAGAAGAAGAAAUGCCAUUACAGAACUCGCAUGAUAGGAGCAGAUCAACGUCACCCUUGGAAGAGGAAGGUAUAACGAAAAUUAAUCAUCCGUCGACGGAUUGGCCAAGUUCGUGCAUCAAAGAUGUGAAUAUAUUGAGUAGAGAGCGUGCAACAAACAUAAAACAUCCAGAAGAUACACUUCUAAAUGAUGGAAGUUCAGUGGCUUUGACGGGAACGAGUAAAAUUGAUUUUUCUGACGCCGGAUUGAAGGGAGGUGGGUUGCUUGCACAAGAAGCAGCAUACAAUCAGAAGUGCAGUGUAGAAAACGAGGAGAGCAGCCAACCUAAUAGUUUAAAACUGGAGCCGCAGGGCAGUAGUCAUCAAGAAAUGGAGUGUGCAGUAGAAAAGGAAAAGAUGGCAGAUUGUGUAAUUGCUACUGGUGGUAAUACGUUAAAGCGGCGUGCAUCAGACACUCCCCUAGUGCAGGAAGAUGAACAGAGAAGGAGGCGUAUGUCCAGUGGUGAAAUACAAUCCAAACAGAUAAAGCUGGACGAUCAAGAGUUUGUAUCUUCAAAUUCUGCUAACGACGAUAGUUUACGCGCAACCGUAGAAAAUGUAUCUCCUCGACGAAAAGAUACUAGUUUGCGGGAUUUGAGCCAUUGUGAGCAACAUAAUCCGAUGGAAUCUUCUACAGUCAGUGAUACUGUUCGUAUGAUAGAAAACGAAAACUUCCAAGAAUCGGAAACCUUCACUAAUGAAAAGUGUGAUGAGGAAAACAACCCCAAUAGUUUGGCAGAUUUCGACAAGUCAUCCCUUUCCUUUGAAUCGUUGGCUGAACAAGAAAUGAUGCGGCCUAUGACACCACGCGUACCAAAAGAACUGGAAGAACCUGUAGAGAAUUGUGGUGCUAAAACUCUUGAUAUUGCUGCAGAAGAUGACCGGGAUAUUCAGUUGGAAGAGGCAGAUGGCAAUAGUAGCAGUAGUAGCAACAGCUCCAGUUCAUCGGACAGCUCGUCGUCAUCGUCCUCAUCUUCGUCUUCUUCAUCCGAGAGUGAUAGUUCCGGUGAUGAGGCAGACGCCGGGGAGAAUGAAAUUCGACCCGCAAAUCAAUCAGUUUCGGCAUCUGUACAAUCGUUAGCAACAGAAGCGGCGGAAGGUAAUGUUUCGACUGUUCCGGAAACAAUACGGCAAACUGCACCAUCCGAUCACGACUCUUCGGAGGAAAGUUCGAGGGACAGUACGGCGAUGGAAGUGGAUGAGUCGGCGGAAUCCGAUGAAGACAGACCGGGCAACGGGGAGGACGAGGCAAAAAUUACUAGAAGCGAAGGUUUGAAGCUAUCUAUAUCGUUGAAACGUUCGUCGACUGUGGUGACUCCAAGCAGGAGCGAGGAACAACCGAAAACAGCAACGGUGGCCAGUACAGUUCCUCCACCUUUGCAGCCAGUUGAUUUCAGUAAUAUACUGAAAAAGGGUUUACUAUUGAACGAAAGUAAGGAACUUAUCAAGAUCGACUAUAAUCAGGUACCUGUGAUGAAUUAUUCGCAACAGGUCGCGUCUCCCAGUGAGCCUGCGAUAGUCGGACCACUGUAUGAAAUCGAACCGGCACAACAAAUACCACAUCGGCUAGGGUGCAACAUUAAUAGCAGUUUGACGGCUGGAAACAUUUUAAAGAACACCCUGCUGGCGAAACAUUUAAACAGCGUUGGACAAGUUAGCGGUCCGGUUUCGUUACUGAACACUCCAACCCAGGACGAAUCGUCGGAUACGAUGGACGAAGAUAAUCGUUUGGUGAUAGCGGAAAAACAGCGCCGCUAUCGAAAAAAGAAUAAUCAUAAUCAUCCGUCUGUAACUGCCGCGAACCAGAUGAACUCAAUUCUCUAUCCGAUUCAUCAAGUACAGCCACCCUACCCAUUUCUUGCUAACUGUCCUACGUAUCCUGGCUAUACCACAUUUCCGUAUGUUGGCGAAGAAGGAUUGCAACACACUCUGAACAACACGACAGUAAACCAACAAUCCAAGCCAAAAAAUAAAAAAGUAUCCAAUACCUCGCGGACGGUGGAUCGAAAGAAGCGGAAUCAAUCAAAACCUGCAGUUGGUACCGAUGGCACAGCAAUGGAUGAUAAUUCUCUUAUCGAUGCUACUAAAUAUCCUUAUUCGCAAGUUCUUACGCAUUUGAAGCCGCGAAAAUCAAACAAACCGGUUAAACAGCACCAAUCAGAUCAACUCACAGUUUCGCUUCCUUCGAAUCCAGUGAACUUCCAAAGUAAAAGCACCAUCAACAUGUUACCAGAUGCAAUGGCAAAUCCUCAGCAUGUUCCACCGGUUCCGCUAACAGACAAAAAGAAAGAUAAGAAAAAGGUAUUUCUCUGUUCGCCAUGUGGGGGCACACAUUACGAGAAUUGGAAUUUGUUUUUACACAUGCGGGAGGUACAUCGCAAACACAUCUGUCUGUAUUGUUUAGGAAUUUUUCCAUCGGCUGAACGGUUAGUGAAUCAUCUCGGAACAAAACACGGGGUAUUGAAAAAGCAUCACGGAAGUUUGGAGGAAUAUUUGCGGCAGCGGUAUCAUGAUCAAGAUCGAAAAGGGGCAUUGGAUGGUAGCGUGAAUCCGCAGUCAUUUGGUCCGGAUCAUAAAGCCGAACAGCAACCAGUCUAUCUGAUGUGCACACGCUGUGAGCAUAUGUUUGAAAGCACCACCAACGAUUUGCUCGAAAAGGAGGAACAAAUCCGUGGACACGAUUGCGCCAACUAUCUAGAAGUAUGCAGCAACUGUGGGCAGCUCAAACAGUCCAAGCAUCGGUGUGAUGGAUCGAACGGCAUGAUAGCAAGUGGCAAAGGAAAGGAAAGGAAAACGCUAAAAAAGCCCAUUGUGGGUGACGGACCGCCACUCGAAUCGAGCAAUGGACCUUUUGCAACCGGCACGAAAGUGAAUGGGAAUGUGUUAGGGAGUGAUACCAAUAUCGUUACCGGAGAAUUCACACCAUCAAAAGGAAAGCCUUCAAAAGGAAUCGGUAAAUCUUCGAGCAGGAAAAAACAACCUCCGGCACAAAAUAUUGCGUUACAACAAGAACAACAUCAGCAACAGCAGUUUAUUGGUAGUUCUAUUUUGCAAACACAAUUGCUACGGGAUGUCAAACAUGCGUUGGAACAGCCUCCAAGCGAUGUGGGGUACGUGACCGCUUUUCAUCCUGGCUUGAGCAAUGUAGAUCCCGCACAAGCUCAACGUACUCCGAAAAGUAAUGUUCAUUUACAUAGUCGUCCUCUGUUGAAUGGAAGCUUUUCUCAUCAUCCGGAAUAUGUGGCACCUAUCAUUUCUUCUACUCCACCAUCUAACACCACCACCGCGGCGGUCGAAACGUUGUUACCCAUUGUAGCUCAACAAGUUAGUGAACCGCAGCCUCCGCCGAUAGUUACUCCUCUAGUGCCAAAGUUGAAGGUGAAAAUACCAAUUCAGUAUCUUACUCCGAUGGAAAGUGAAGAAUCUUCCGCUGACAGUGAGGAGGAGGAAGUGGAUGAGGAAGAGAACGAAGAGGACAUAGAAGAAGUGGAAGACGAUGAAGCAAUUGAAGAAGAGGCGGAAGGAAAUGCAGAGAUGAAUGAAACGAAAGAAGAAAACGAGAGCGAUGCUGCAGUAGAAAACGAACGCUUAGCAAGUGGCGCCAUUCAUCAACCAGAAACCUCAGUGCAGCAUAUCGAAGAGGCAAAGGAACUAUUAUUUGAAAGCAAAAACGAUAACCAGAAUGAAUUGAAACAGGCACAACAAUCGCAUCAAAACGCAGCUAAUGCGGAAGAUACUGUUUUGCAGGAACCAGUUCCAAUGGACAUCGAUGAGAGCCUUAUGAUAGAACGAAGGCGAGAUGUGCCAACUAGAACAUCGCUUGAUCUAAACUCCCCGCUCGAAAAUGUUCCUCCUGUAGAAGAAUCCUUCACAUGCACAGAAGAACCUACGCUUACAGACCAGGAGUUAUCGGCAGUUAAGACAGAAAAGGAAGAAAGGGACAAAGCGCAUCCAGUUGAUAUGGAAAUUAAUUCUCUUAAAAUGGAGACCAAUCCGAGUGAGGGAUUCGGUGACGAUGUGACAACAGAAAAUGCAACUAUGGUGAAUGAAACCACAGAACAAUCGAUUAUUAACGAGAUGAUGCCGGAUAUGAAAUUACCUGGUGAUGAAGUUGAUACAUCGGUCAGUGCCACCCAUCCUACCGACGUAUGUUCUGCAAAAGAUCAACUGAUGAUUGCUGAUAGUGACGCUCAACUGUUUACCCUUUCGCUAGACGAACCGCUUGAUCGCAUCACGAUUCGGGAGUUUCUUAGGAUAUGUUUGCGUGAAACGGUCCCAUUUUGUCUGUAUUGCAACCAUGCCCGGCGUAUAGCCGUUAAUGGCCGUCAACUGGUCCUCCACAUCAUCGCGAUGCAUCGAUUUCAGGCAACAGUCAACAGUAUCACGGGUGAAGAAUUGUUGCCCGAAACGAUUCUACAUCGUUUACUUAACUCACUGGACGAGCUCGAAACGGAACGUGCGUACAUGAACGUGGAAACCUUCGAUAACUCUUGGACAACGGAGCAACGAACAGCAGUACCGUUCGCGAAGGUGUUCGAGUGUUUCCAGUGUCGCUUCGUAACGGUGGUGCACAAGGAGCUGUACCUGCACAACCGCAAGAUGCAUCAAAAGUCCGUACUGCUCUGUCUGAUGUGCAAAGGUAACUUCUUCAGCUACAGCGAACUACUGUGCCACAUGUGCCCGGGCGUUGCCAAUCACACCACUGCUUUGGAUUACGUGUUUCGAUGCUGUGUGUGCAAUGUGGAUGGCAUUCCAUCUGCAUUUCGGUUGAUGGUGCAUUUGCGUAAGCGGCACUUUACGUGUGAUGUUUGCUUGGAGGAGUGUCUCGAUCAAAGCCGGCUCUCGAACCAUGUGUGGAAGCACAAACUGCAUCAUCUGUGUUAUCGGUGUGGCAUCGGCUAUCGCAACAAGGCGGACAUAUUGAAGCAUCUGUUCUGGAAGCAUGGUACGGAGGGUGUGUUUUGCAAGCGGUGUCUGCAGAAGAAAUGGCCCCAUGUGUAUCAUUUCUGCGUACCACCGGCACAAUUCGUUUGUGAGGUAUGUCAGGCAACGUUUAAUCGGUCGGUAGCGUUAAAAGUGCAUCGGCGCUUGCACAGCGGAGACGCUAAGUAUCCUUGCAGUGAGGAUGGCUGUGAAAAGCGGUUCAUCUCGAAGAAGCUGUUGCUCAAGCACGUAGAUCGGCAUUAUGUUGAAAAAUCCGAGAUUGAAAAAGAGGACAUCAACGCCAGUGGGGCAACGAAUCCUCUUCCAAGCGUUGACGAGGCAGCUGAUGAUGAGAAACUGUCAUCGAACGUGGAUGCGACAUUACCGAACGAAUUGGAGAGAAAUUCAACCUUGGCUACAUUGAAGACCGAAACACAGACGAACGAAUCAGAAGAAACUGGCAGCGCUCCGAGUUCGGAAAACCCACCUUCUGAAGGUGACGCCAGCGGCGAUGUAAACGUUCGUUUUACGGAAGAUACAGUUGAGAAAGGAACAAUUAAAAAUGAGGAAAUGGAUGAAUCGAACAACACUGCAGAUAACAAAGAGCAACUGCCGGGUGUAUUAACUGGAAAGGAAACUGCAACAGAACAAGUAUCCACUGAGGGUGAAGCAGUAACGAUCGAGUCGAAGGACGUGUCAACUCCGGUUAAGAAAUCCAAGAAAAAACGAAAAGCAAAGGAUGACGAUAAGUCCGUAGUAGAUCUGAUGAAUUUGCCUGCUUUGAACCUUUCCGAGAGUGAUAGUAGUGACGAUUCGGAUAACGAGAACUCUAAUGCUAGCUUGAGCUCCAGGCGAUUUAUGGACAUCGCCGAGGCAGAAGAAGGUGAUCAACAGGAUGAUCUCAUGGAGUCUGUGCAAUCCUCAAAGUUGGUUGGUGCUAGUGCUAUGGAUGCGGAGCCGAGUGUUGACGAUCAUGAUACAGCAGAGACCAGCAUCCCCCAGCGAGUGGAGAGUGAAGCAAACGUAGAUGAAGUGACAGAGCAAAACGAAAAAUCAUCUCAAGAAUUAACGGUUUCGUUAGAUCCGAUUGCAAAUAUAUGGAACAAUUUCAAACGUUAUCAGGCUAACCAUCGGACGACCAGCCGGAAGCAAUCCGCAGACGAAGAGCAGCGAUUAGAAGAUGAACUGGUCGAACGGAUGUUGAAAAGUACGAUUCUUCAUGUAUCUCAAUCGGAUCACGAUUACUGUAUGUUGUUUAAGCCUAUUAUGUCGGAGGCAGAGCUGGAAGCCGAACUACAAACCAAACCCCCGCAGGAAUCGCUUCUUCUGAAAGGAAAUCGAAUUUUUGAAGAGAAUGCAGAAGAAACAGACAGAACACCCGAAAUCAAAAGCCAGGGUUCCAGCAAGCGCAAAGAAAAUCAAUCAUCGGAUAGUGAAGAUAGCAGUGAUUCCGAUUCAAGCUGUGAAUGUGGUUCCAACUGUAGCUGCAGUUCGAGUUCCAGCAACAGUUCCAGCUCCAGUUCGGACGAUUCAGACAGCUCGGAGAACGAAGAUGCUAGGAAAGGCAAAAAGAAGACGUCCGCUGGUGAUCUAUCCAAAAAAGAAGGCGAUAAUACCCUGACAACGGGCGCCGAAGUUCUCGCGCAGCCCGAGCAGGAGGAUGUGGAAGAACUGCCGCCACCGGAACCGGUUGAUCCGGACAGUGUGAUCGUUGAUUCAGACUUGUAUACGGAGGAGUCAGAAACGGACGAAGAAUUUUAUGAUGAGCAUCCCCAAAAGCUUGCCAAUCAGCUGCUGGCAGAGAAGCGCCGUCAACUGCUGGCACAGACGGGUGCUACAAAUGCCAUGAUGAACUACGGCAUGGUGGAAAAUAGUCGACCAUCGACGCCUUCGCUACCGCCGGAGGAAAUGGUACAAGGGAAGAAGAAGAUUAAACCGAAGAAACGUAAACGCGACCGUAAGUCCUCCAAGCGCUUAAUGUCGCCGGCGAGUGCACUGCAUGAACAAGCGGUGCCGGUCACCGCCCCUGUCGCACCCACGAUGGAUGUUGUUUCUUACAUACCCCAACACGUCGCUUACCAGUGGCCGGUAGGUGAUCAGCCGUUGUCGAAUUUUAUUCCCAACGCUUUCAUCGAUGCAAAUACGCCGAAUAUUGCUACACCAGCGGUUCAACAUCUACAUCAACAGCCGCUAAUAACCCCUGCGAUGGCUCCUUUAGAGACACCACCUGUACUACCGUCGAUUCCUGUGCAAUCCCUACAACCAACACUCGCCGCCAAUGAAAUGGGAAAAAUCAGUGCCCCACGUCUCAGUACGGGCAAUAGUUCGGAAUCGGAUGCACCACUGAAGCGAUCGCAACGGAGCCGAAAGCCAAACAAGUUUUAUGGAUACACAAGCGAUGACGAAAGUGCGGGAACCUCGCUACCCCUGCCUCCUGGCAUUACACUCUCGACAAAUCCGGAGAAGUCGAUCCUAUCGUUGAUGAAACCAACUCCACCACCGAACCUAGUGUGGAGCAAGGAGGAUCUGCCAUCACCUCCGACCAAAUCCAGCAAGACGACAGGAAGCAGUGCUAGUGGUAGCAGCAAGAUGUCGUCCUCGUCAUCCGGUCAACGGCGCAGCGUAGAUCAUCUUACACCGGUAUCGUCGCGACGGAAUUCUGGCGCUGGUAUGUCGCAGGACGAGCUAAGCGGUGCACCGCCUACGAUUGCGCCGAUCGAGCAACAGCCGAGUAUCUAUCCACUGCACACAGCAGCGACAAUGGUUAGCACGUUGUUACCAGGGUCGGUUGUUAGUACACCAACACCCCAGCAUCAUCCUCCGUUGAAGUUGAAGCUGUCACUAGGCAAAAAGGCGUCCAUUGCUACCGUUACACCCAAAAGUGUAAAGCAGGCUGGUACUAGCAGGCGCCGCAAACCAACGCCCAAAACACCGAAAGUGAAAACACCCAAGUCUGCACCUGCAGUGGUUCCGAAUUUACAAACUUCGAUGGCCAGCGUUGGACCGGGUCCGUUAUCGGCUCCACUCGUACCAACAGCCGGCGCCCUAUACCAACUUCCAUCCGUAGCAGAAUCACGACCAAAAAUCCCACCAAUCGGUUCAUUUCCCAGCAUACAGACGAACCUGUUCCGGCCGAAUCAGAUCCGCGUCCCGGCAGGGUGGCGUGCUCCGACGGAGGGCGAAUCCGUGUACUGUUACUGUCGCGCUCCGUAUGAUGAGGUAUCGGAGAUGAUCGCCUGCGAUGACGAUAACUGUCGCAUCGAAUGGUUCCACUUUGAAUGCGUCGGUAUCAUUAUGCCACCGAAGGGCAAGUGGUACUGUCCGGACUGUAAGCUGAAACAGGUGCAGUCGGGUGUGGUAGCGCCGUCAGAUGUUGCAGGCGGUGAGCAGGAAACGUCGAAAAGAACGCUACACCCUGCUGGAGAUGCAGGAGAUCAGGGAAUGUCUUCCGUAGCAGCAGCGGCAUCAACCAAUGGGUCCAGCUUAGCACAACCAUCCUCCGCCUAUAGCCACUGGGGUCAACAGCCAUAGUUGGAAGAUCGGAGAUGUUUGGAAAGGGGUAAAAAUAAACACGCUUAUUAAGUAAACACAAGGAUUGACGAGUAUGUAGCCGCGCUGUAUGUAGCGGGCCAGCAUCCGUUGUUUAGCUUUAUGAUUUUUGGUACGUUAGGCUUAGACUAGGCUAAGAGCUGUACUUUUUUGUGGUAGGGCGGUUGGCUUAUGAUACACGUAGUUACGAUAGUGUAGCAUUAUCGGCAAUAGAUCGCUACUGUUGGGAAUAAUAGGACGACUAGCUCAAUGUUGUGAGAAAGCGGCGCCAUACCCAGUAAACCUCCAUCAUCCUUGUGCACCUGUUUCAUGGUAGUUGUGAUUAAACGGGCACACAGCAUUCAAUGUAGCUAUAUAUAUAAAUGUUUGUGUGUGUGUGUGUGUGACGCGCGUGUGUGAGUGUGUGAUAUAGCAAUUCCUAGAAGAGUGAGAAGAGGUGAACAAAAGAAGAAUUAAAAAAAAAACAAUGGCGUUUACUUAUAUUGCGUGCACUGAACAGGGAAUACCGAACACAUUAAACAAAAACUAACAACACAAGCGCUACUUGAAAUAGUGUGAUGAAGCAGACAGAGGUUGUAGGGUACUAGGCGUGCGAAGCUGUAUGAUCCUUGUUUCAACAUGGUUUGUCUUUUUCCAUCUGCUCCCUUACUGCACGGACACGGUGGAGUUGGGAGGGAGUGUGGGGAAUAAUGUUUGAUCUCUGUGCACUAAUUUAGUGAGGGAAUAAAUUUAUGA